GUCUCUAUAAAUUGGUUGUUCCUUCGUGGAUUUUUUGCACUCAAGCAGAGGACGAAAAAUCAACAAUCUUUGGUUCCCUCUCCUCUGUUUUUUGCUUUCUGUCACUGUAAUUCUUUUCUCCGGUGUUGUUUAUAAUGACUGAGUUAAUUAACGGGAAUCAUGCGGUUGCGUUAGAUGUUAGAGAUGGAGACGCCACCGACAACCCUCCUCCGGAGGUCACCAGAAAAGACUCCGACCUCAGUUUCUCUGUUCCUCUCUUUCAGAAGUUGAUGGCGGAGGCGGUGGGGACAUACUUCUUGAUAUUUGCCGGAUGUGGAUCGGUCGUGGUGAAUUUCGACAACAACAAGGUGGUGACACAACCGGGGAUUUCAAUUGUGUGGGGUUUGGCGGUGAUGGUCCUGGUUUACUCUGUUGGUCACAUCUCCGGUGCCCAUUUCAACCCUGCCGUCACCAUAGCUUUUGCUAGCUGCAAGAGAUUUCCUCUCAAACAAGUUCCGGUCUACAUAGCAGCUCAGGUUCUUGGAUCAACACUGGCUGCCGGAACUCUUCGAUUACUGUUCAACGGAAAACAUGAUGUUUUUUCUGGAACAUCCCCACAAGGCUCAUAUAUGCAAGCCUUUGUGAUUGAGUUCAUAAUCACAUUCUACCUCAUGUUCAUCAUUUCCGGUGUCGCCACUGAUAACAGAGCUAUUGGUGAACUAGCAGGACUGGCAGUUGGAGCUACUGUGUUGCUUAAUGUGAUGUUUGCAGGGCCAAUCACAGGAGCAUCAAUGAACCCUGCGAGGAGCUUGGGGCCUGCAAUUGCAUCAAACCACUGGGAAGGGAUAUGGAUAUAUCUAAUAGCACCUACUCUUGGGGCAGUAUCAGGAGCAUGGGUUUAUAACAUUGUGAGGUAUACAAACAAGCCAUUGCGCGAGAUCACCAAGAGUUCUUCUUUCCUCAAGAGUGCAACGCGUGUGUAGUUGUGUUAGUUAUCAUAGCUCACACAGGUCUGGUCUUUUUAUGUAAGGCUUCAAAGGUCAUGUUUGCUCCUUUUGUUUGUCGAUCAGGGAAUGAAUUAGUGAAUUAAGAUUAUGAAGCUCUUUUCCAAGUUCUGUAUAUCCACAUGAUCCAAACCACCAAUAGCGUUUUCUUCAUUUUUGCCGCGUGAAAAAUUAAAAGGAAGAUAAUUCAAUUCAACUACCAUGUGAGGGAAGAACUUCAAGAAACAUGUUAUCAAUAU